AUCCCAUUUUGGUUAUAUUUCUUGAUUUGACUUCAGUCAGCAACGACAAUGAAUAACUGGAAUAAGUAUUCAUAAUUUAAAGCAGUAUAUAAACAAUAAAGGACAGGUGUGCAAUCAUAUAACAAAGAAUGACCUAGAAUAAAAUAUGAAUCAAUAUAAUUCACCACAUUCCGUUUUAGUAAAGUAAGGGAAAAACAAGAGUCGGAACGACAGUACCAUCAGUAAUGCUAAGAAUCAAACGUAGUGAGUACUGUAUAAGAACAAAUAAGUGAAAAACAAAUAAUAUUAAAUUUGAGAUCCUUUGGCUCAAAAGGGACUGACGUCGAACCCUGUCCAUUAAACUCUACAAGUAUCGCAUCCCAAACAUGUUUGUGGAUAAGCAACAAACGAAUAUUGUGCUUGGUGUUUUUAAUAUAGUUGUAUUUAAAACAAUGUAAUUUGUAAUUACAGGUCAUUGUACGUAAAUUAUGAUGAAUUCAACUCGUCUCUGCUUUCCUCCCUUUCAAUCUUGGGCUAACUGUUAGCUUUCUUGGUUUAUUUAGAAAUGGGAUGUGUUGUUUCACUUUCUUAUCCUAGCCGUGUGUAAAAUACAAGUACUGAAAGGUGGUUUUUUCAUUAUGUUGUGUCGUCAUUCCACUCCCGUUGUCGAAGUGUAGAUUAAUGACUAAUCUCAUUAGGUAACUUUGUCACUAACUUCAGUUUUUGGUAUUUUAACCCAGACAGCUUCCGUGCAAUAUCACCCCUCUGUCUCCUGUACUAAUUGUGUUUCCAUAAGUAUAUACUUAGAUAUUUAUCGCUCUUUAUGAUCUGAAACAGUUUAAUUAAGUUUCCUUGCACAUGAUUUCAGGAUCGAUGUUAAUAUGCCUAACUCAAAUAUUAGCUUAGUGAUCUUAUUCAUCAAAUGUAUGGGUUAUUAUUUAUUGUGAUAUGGUUCGCAAUAUUGCGGGUAGACAUUAGUAGAAAUCAUCUGAUUCUAUAGCUUAUAGUCGCUUUGUUACCUUUUAUUUCGACUAGUAAAGAAAAUAUAAUAGGGCGGAAAAAGAUGAAUAUAAUUCAGUGAGUUGCUCAGAGAUGCUACCGGUUUUUUUUCACUGUGUUGUGUUAAUAAUCUGACAACAGUAAUAUGAUUUCUUUUUGUAGUUAACCCACCAGUUACUUGUGUGUGAGCUACACUUUUAAGUGUGAUGGAUAGGGACAUUACCCAUCUGCCCAAACCAACGUGGACGGAAAAGGGUUCAGAUCUGGAAGGUCUUAACUACGAAGCGACGAGUUUUCACUAAAGUCAUUAUCAUAAUAAUAAAUUUUCUCUAUCCAUCUGAUGCCUCACUCUUUAUCUGGUUUUAUCUGUCAGUUAGGUUUCUAAAAUUGUAGCUUUUGUUUAUUGAUUUCUGAUUUCAGAACAUGUUGAAUGCAUUAUUUCGCUUAGUCUAGUGAUGGACGCAGCUUUUUGGAGGUUUUAUAUCAUAAAUUUUACAAACAAAUGAAUUUCAGAUGGAUUUAUGGAAAAGCAUUGAGAAAAAUCUGUCUUGGUUUGACUUGUCGUCGGAGGUGCGUAUACAGUUGAACGAUGACCCAAAGAAGUACGAGGAACAGAUUUUGUUACACAGUUUUCGAAACCAGUUGCGCUACACCGGAAAUAUAGUACAAUUGGUAUGCAAAGUGUUUAGAUAAUCUCAACUUAAGGUCAUAAAACGUGAAAAAAAAUACUACGAGAAACUUGUUGAUUAUGGAAGACAACAUUAUCUCCUAUAUCCUUACCACUUACAAGACAAAAUAGUCCGUGGUUUGCAAAUUACGCAGUUUGUCUACUACCGUCGCAUGAUAAUUGACCUGAUUUCGACUGAAAAGUCAUAUGACUGUCUUCCAAAUUUUACUGCUGCAGAUUGCUUACGUUUGUUGGGAAUUGGCAGAAAUCAGUAUAUUGAGCUUGUUAACACUUACAAGAGUUUCCUGUCGUCAAUAGGUCCUGACGAAAAUGAAAUUCAGGGACUUCUUUGUGACAUUCUGCCGUCACAGCCAAUCGAUAAAGUCAUAUUUGAGCCCUGGUAUGUAGUUCGUAUUGGGUCAGUUAUGUUAUCUGACAUACAAGCAUCUACGGAUUCCGAGCGCAUAACGAUCGACCAGCUUAUAGAUGCUGAAAAAGUAGAUGACUUGGAGGAAUCCAACGAAGUCGGUCCCGGAAUUCUGGUUAAAGAUCUUGAUCAAAAUAUCAUCAAAGGACUUUACCUUCGUGGUUUGGUUUACAUUGAUAUUCCAGUGUCUUGUGACGACAAGAUAUGUGUCCCUACACUUGAGGGCUUCGUAAUGAAUCGUAUCAGUGGAGAUAUUAGAGAAAAUCUUUUAUACAAGAUUUUUGUCACUGCUGAUGAGAAUACAUCAGUUAGUGAACUAGCCGAGUGUCUGCAGGUAGAUGUGAAUUCAGUAAAACAAGCUGCUUCUAUAUUUUGUCGGUUGGGGUUCGCUCAAAAACGGAUUGGACGUCUGGAGAGUCGAACACAGCCUUUUCAAAUUCCAAUAUCCAUUGAGGAGUCUGAUACGCUGCUACACACGGAAAACUCAGUUGUCGACGCAAACUUAGAUUCCUUUCCAUCUGUAGAUGACCACCCUCAGCAGAAAAAAAAGUUGGUUCUGAUAUUUGAUUCGACCAUCACAGCUUAUCUCAUGAUGGGCAAUUUAUCACCCAACUUAAAGCCUCAUGCAGUUACAAUGUUUGAAGUCGGGAAAUUAUCAGAUGAUUCAUUGAAUUCUUUCAUAUUUGAAUUAAACCAUCUCGCUCCUGUUUCAGAAGGUGAAGCCGGAGUUUAUCGCGAGUAUGCUCUGAAUUUAAGAAAAACAAUCCACUUUUUGCGUAGUCAGGCUUCAUUAGACUCAACGGACUUUUGUGAUGUGGAUUUAAUUAGAGGUGGUUCGUUGUUAAGUUUAGAGGCUGAAACACGCAUACGAGUUUUGCGCAAAAACUAUAACGUAGUUGUGAGCCUUAUUCCCUCAACAUAUGAAGACCAGCAAGCUUCUGAUUCCCAAUGGCCACCACAUUUAGGACCACCUAUAUCAGAAGCUAAUUCUCCGUGGUUCGGUCUUUUUAUUUCUUGUAUCGCAAGCAAUACAAUUCAAAGAAAACAGAAUCCCAGUGUUAAUGUAUUGCCUACUCUUUUGAUAACAUGUGGUACUAGAAUAUCUAGACUUCCAUUACCUUUACGAGGAAUUUCACGCUUCUGGCUUACUGCAUGGGGUCAUGAUGCUGUAGUGGUAGACUCAACUAAUUUUUUAACCACAGCAAACGAUAUGCUUCUAUCAUCACCUGUACUUAUCCAAGCUAUCGAAAGUUAUGAAUUUGAAGAAAAUUUAUCCCAGAGGUACAUACCUUUACCUAUUUCCAAGGAAUUCCUACAACAUUCAUCCAAUUGUGUACCAGAAUUCAUAAUACAUCUUAUGAACGUUAUCGAUUUAACCUAUGUCUCUGGAUAUAUCAUAGUACUGGCUCCAAUGAACAAGUGUGAACACGACCAAGAUCUGAAUAAACUAGCUUCAGAAGACCAAAACAUUCUAUUAACUAGCACAGACUCCAUUUUACAACGCGAUCAACAAAAAAGUGAAUACAAUUGUUCUAGGAAAGCUGUUUUAGUGGAAAAUGAAUUGCUCACUAUUAUGAAAGAGCAUAAACCAAUCUAUUUCAUUACUUUACGUCUAGGUUUGCCCAUUUUUAACAUGGAAUUAAAUCACGCAGUUUGUGCUCAAAUAUCUAAUCAGAAUUUACUAUCCACUAAUAACCGUAAUCAUCUUGAAGCUACUAAUCAUCUACUUGUUGAAGAAUUUACAAAAUUUAUUUUUAAUGACUGUUCAGGUUUGUUACCUAACCAAAACCAAUGUAGUUAUUCAACCCUUGUUACCAGUUCUGGUGGUAAUUUUCCUGAUACCUGGCCCCUUCCUACAAAAAAUAUGAUGUGCGCUAAUGGUAUUUUGUCAUUUUUUUAGUCUUUUUCGCCACACCUAAAAAUAUUUAAUCUGCAAUUAUUUUUGGUUGUAACGCGUACAUAUCUAUUUCGGUCAAAUGAUUUAAUCGUUUGAUGAACAUUCAUUUUAAGUUUUUUGCGUGGAUUAUCUGUUAUUCAAGUAUCACUUAGGUUUUGUCUUUUUCUAUUUUUAAUUUCUACCCGUUCUUUCGUAUUUUUUAUUUCACCCUAAAAAUAUAUUGUCAUACAUGUGACAGCAGUACAUAUCGUUUUAUUUAUUCCGUAAUUAAUUCCUGAUCAAGUCACGUCCUCUAUAUAUCAGUAACCGCAUAUUGGAUAUAUCAGUGAUCAAUGUGAACUUGGUAAUUAGAUUACAGAUAGUUUUGAACAAGUUAUAACUUAAAAAUAACCCUGUAAAAAAUCUUUCAUUUACUUAAAAACAAGUUACUGGACAAUGUCGGGAAGUUUUUUUAAUCCAUAAUAUUUUCCAGACCUCUCACAAGCAGUAAGCUCAAGGAAUUUUUUCUAAUCAAUUUCUAAGUUGUACCAAAGUUUUGUAAUUUUCGUUUCAACUAAAUUCACAUCAAGAAUACAAUCUUAUCGUCUC